CAGACAGCUGGGGGAAGAAACCUGAGCAACGCUCUCUCUCCUGACUGUCCUCAAGAGCUAGAGACCUGGCUGUGACUGCCGCCUCUGGGUGCUUCUUUACUCCUCUAGACUCCCGUCUGCUGGGCUACAGCAGGCAAUGAGGUCCCGGCUUCUGCUGCCCGUGCCCCACUUGCCAACGAUUCGGGAAACUUCGGAGGAGUUAUCACAUGGGGCACCUGGACAGGAGCCCCCAAGCUCUCCCAGCCUGGAAGACUAUGUUAGGUCUAUCUGUCAGCUGGCACAGCCCGCCUCGGUGCUGGACAAAGUCACAGCCCGGAGCCGACCCAACAGACCCUACCGGCCGGCCUGGACUAGAGAGAAGAGACCCCAGGCUUCAUCCCUCGGAGACAGCUCCCCUCGCUUCAGCAGCCUCCAGCCCACACUGCCAUCUCCUGGCACUGACAACCCUCUAGACUGGCUCUUCGGGAAGUCCCAGGAACAGCAGACAGAGAGAAGAGACCUACCCAAUGGGACCGGCCCUUCUGAUCACUGGGGUAUGCACAGACUGAUGGACAAGGACAGGAGAGGCCCUUGUGAGGCCAGGGUACCUGAGCACUCUCUGGGAAGAAAAUCAGGGCACAGACGCCAGACCUCCAACCCGAAAAGCUGGACUUGCAGAAGGCCCUGCCAGGCCUUACCCGCCGUCUCCAGCUCUCGCCCCAGCAGCCUCCUCAGCUCUCUGUGUUUGCACCUGCCAGUGAUCCAUGAACUCUAACCCCUCGAGAAAGAUCAUAAAGAAUACGGUGCGUCCUUGUGGCCUCCCCAGCUUCUCUCUCCUGUGGUGGACACUUCCUGGCAGGUGUGCAGGGACUGGGCAAUUCCUCCUCAGACCCAUCCUCUAAAGAGUGAUGGCAGCCCAGCUUUCACGAUGCAACCUACUGUCUAUUUAUGACUGGCUGGCUGGUGACCUUGAAGGGUGACUCAGUGUCUCUAUUUCUUGUUUUUGUUUUUUGUUUUAAUCAUGGUUAAAAUGAGUAUGAGCGGAGUGACCGCCUCCCAGACUGCUUUAAUGAGGAAAUGUGGGCUGUAAUCUGGGUGGCUACAGCAGUCUCAUGUGAAACCAAGGACAAAGGGCCACGAGGGGGGGUCUUGGCUCCCUAAAGCAGUGGUUCCUACCCUUCCUAAUGCGGCGACCCUUUACUGCAGUUCCUCCUGUUGUGUGAUCCCCAACCAUAAAAGUUUUUUUUCA